AUGUCCUGCCCAGAUUGUUUCAAGGGCGGUGUACAUGAAGGUACGCCUUCAGGCAUCACCACCAGGCUACAUGGUCUCGAUACCUACGUUGCCGAACCCGCGAGCGGUCGUCCGCCCAAGGGUAUCAUCGUCGUCAUCCCCGAUGCUUUCGGAUGGGAAUUUGUGAACAUACGCUUGAUGGCCGACGGCUACGCAAAGAAGCAGGACUACCGCGUGUACGCUCCCGACUUCAUGAACGGGAAUUCCGCGCCGCUUUACAUGCUCGACAGCAUGAAGCUCGUCUUAGCAAAGGGAACGUGGUUUGACACGCUCGCGAAGCCAUACCACAUCUUCUGGGUGUUGCUUGCGUUUGCGAAAUGGGGCAUCCCUAAUCGCUUCGCCAAGAGUUUCCCCAUCGUGCAGAAGUUCAUGGAGAACCUACGACGGAACGAGGGCGCCCAUAUCCCCGUCGGCAUUGCCGGUUUCUGCUGGGGAGGCAAGCAUACUCUGGUCAUCGCCGGUGACUUUAAGGCCGAUGGCAAGCCACUGGUGGAUGCCGCAUUCACAGCCCAUCCCAGUUUCCUGAGUCUAUACGACGAUAUUAAGAAGAUCCGCGCGCCUACCAGCUUCGGUAUUGGCGAUCUCGACAGCCAGGUGUCUCCAGAGCAGGCCGAGAAGAUUCGUGACAUCAUCGAGGCAAAGCCCGAAGCACAGAAAGGCGAGAUGCGCAUGUAUCAUGGGUACGGACAUGGUUUCGCUUGUCGAGUUGAUGCCAAGAACGACGACCCUCGAGGCGCUGCUGAGGCUGAAGACCAGGCUCUGGCCUGGUUUGAGAAGCAUUUCGCGAAUGUUCGAUACUGA